AUGGCAACAGAAUUUCUAAAGAGCUGCUGUAGAGGAUGUUUCUAUGGUGAAACAGAAAACCACAAUUUUUCCACAGAAAGAGACUUUAAAGCAGCAGUCUCAGAAUGUCAGAAUACCACUGUCUGUGUACCUCCAUUGACUUCUGUCUCCGUAAAGCCUCAGGUUGGCUGUACUGAGGAUUAUUUACUUUCCAAAUUACCGUCUGAUGGCAAAGAGGUACCAUUUGUGGUGCCCAAGUUUAAGUUAUCUUAUAUUCAGCCCAGGGUACAAGGAACUCCUUCACAUCUGGAAGAACUGGAAGGAUCUGCCAGAGCAUCUUUUGGAGAUCGAAAGGUAGAACUUUCCAGUUCAUCCCAGCACGGAGCCAGCUACGAUGUAUACAACCCAUGCUAUAGGUAUCAGCACAUUUCACCUGAUUUGAUCCGGCGCCUUCCUCCACGUUCAGAAGCAGCGAGACUAUAUGGAUCAGUUUGUGAUUUAAGGACCAGCAAACUUCCCAGUUCCCCUGGGCUAAGCAAGUCUAUGUUUGAUCUUACAAGUUCAUCCCAGCGGUUCAUCCAGAGACAUGAUUCCCUGUCCAGUGUGCCUAGCAGCUCUUCUUCCAGGAAGAACUCCCAGGGGAGUAACAGAAGCCUGGAUACAAUUACUCUGUCAGGAGAUGAAAGAGAUUUUGGGAGAUUGAAUGUGAAAGUGUUUUAUAAUUCUUCAGUAGAGCAGAUCUGGAUCACAGUUUUACAGUGCAAAGAUUUAAGUUGGCCUUCUAGUUGUGGAGACACUCCUACUAUUUCUAUAAAAGGAAUAUUAACAUUGCCCAAACCAGUGCAUUUCAAAUCUUCAGCAAAGGAAGGCUCUAAUAGUAUUGAAUUUAUGGAAACUUUUGUAUUUGCUAUUAAACUCCAAAGUCUACAAACCGUAAGGCUUGUAUUUAAGAUUCAAACCCAGACACCCAGGAAGAAAACCAUUGGAGAAUGCUCACUGUCACUCAGAGCUCUUAGCACACAGGAGAUGGAUUACUCUUUGGAUAUAACGCCACCUUCAAAAAUUUCUGUUUGCCAUGCAGAACUUGAAUUGGGGACUUGUUUUCAAGCAGUAAAUAGCAGAAUUCAGUUACAGAUUCUCGAGGCACAGUACCUUCCAAGCUGUUCAUCACCUCUCACUUUGAGUUUUUUUGUGAAGGUGGCAAUGUUUAGUUCAGGAGAGUUGAUUUAUAAGAAGAAGACACGCUUACUGAAGGCCUCCAGUGGCAGAGUAAAGUGGGGAGAAACUAUGAUUUUUCCACUCAGACAGAAUGAAAAAGAAAUUAUUUUUCUCAUUAAGCUUUACAGUCGGAGCUCUGUAAGAAGACGACACUUUGUGGGGCAGAUUUGGAUAAGCGAAGACAGUAAUAACACUGAAGCAGUGAAUCAGUGGAAAGAAACCAUUACAAAUCCAGAAAAGGUUGUUAUCAAGUGGCACAGAUUAAAUCCAUCUUGA